AUGGCAAUGCAAAGGUAUCAGGACAGUGGCGACGCCGCAAAGCAGGCGAACCUGAGGGAACCGCUUACAUUCCAUUUCUCCAAACAGACUAUGAAUGGUCGAAUCUUCAAGGCAUCUAUGGGCGAGACGCUUGCAACCUGGGACUUUGAAAACAUAGAAGCUAGUGGAAUCCCUACUGAGAAAAUAAAAGAAUUAUAUAGAAGAUGGGGCGAACACAAAAAUGGGUUUGGGAUGAUACUUACGGGUAACAUUCAGAUCAGUUCAACCUUGCCACACUUACAGGGCGAUCUCAUUAUCGAUGCAUCUCACCCUUUUCAUGGACCGCGCUUUGAGGCCUACAAAGAAUUGGCUUCUGCUGGAAAAGCCGGUGGUUCACUCAUGGUAGCGCAGCUAUCUUAUGCAGGACGCCAAGCUCUGGCCGCAAACUCGCGAACAGCGGCAAUUGCACCUAGCUUGAAAGCCACGGAUGCACAAAAUACAAUGUUUGUGACAACACGAGAAGCAACUCAAGCGGAUAUUGACUUCCUCAUCGAAGGAUUUGUGCACGCAGCGGAAUACUUGGAAGCUGCAGGCUUCGAUGGAAUUCAGCUACACGGCGCCCAUGGUUACGUGAUCGCACAGUUUCUAUCGCCGCGCACAAACAAGAGGGUGGACAGCUAUGGAGGCUCUCUGGCCAACCGUAUGCGAUUCUUGCUAGAGAUAUCCAAGAGAAUCCGCGCGAGAACAUCACCAUCCUUCAUCGUCGGCGUCAAGCUCAACAGUGUCGAGUUCCAAGAGGGCGGCUUCGGAGCAGCCGAGGCCGCCGAAGUAUGCCGCGUGUUACAAGAUGAGGUCGGGAUGGACUUUGUCGAACUGAGCGGUGGUACUUUGGAGAAAGUAGGCCAUGAGUGGACUAAAGAGACAACAAUAAAUCGUGAGGCUUUCUUCCUCCGAUUUGCCGAGUUAAUCGUUCCGCAGUUGGGAAAGACGGCUGCAGAGCGCCGCACCAAAGUUUUUAUUACGGGAGGGUUGCGAACAGUCGAUGCGAUGGUAAACGCGUUGAGCACGGUGGAUGCCGUCGGUAUCGCCCGCCCGGCUGCUCAAGAGCCUUGGAUCGGAAAAGAUCUGCUCAGUGGGAGAGUGACGAGUGUAGUCAAGCCAGUAUCUCCCUUUGACAACGAUAGUACGCUUGGGCUCAUCUUGGCUGGUGCCCAGAUGCAACAAGUGGCUUCUGGUUUCCAACCGUUUGACUCAAGCGAUGAGGAGGCAAUCAAGUCCUUCUUGAAAGACAAAGAGGCUCACGAAGCAGCUGCCAUUGUGGACCAUGAAAGGAAGCGCCCGUGGUUUCCCUUGGUGACUUCCGCUAACAGCACGCCAUAUGAGAGUCCUUGA